AUGUUCAAAAAAGACAUCCAAGCCGCGCCGAAGCAGAAGCUCAAGUCGUCCAUCCAGCGCUCCCUGCGCCAGUCCCUGCUGACGACCUACCCCCUCCUCGCGCCGCACGCCGACGAGAUCUUCCCCAAGAAGUCGUCGCUCGAGUCGGUCAAGCUGCCCGACCGGCAGACGCUCUACGUCGCCGACGGCGAGCCCCUCUUCGUCGAGAUCCACCGCGACGAGCCCCUGAUCCCGCACCUGCGCCUCGUCCACCGCUUCCCGCGGGGGUUCCCCACGGUCCGCAUCGACCGCGGCGCCAUCCGCUUCGUGCUCUCGGGCGCGACGCUCAUGGCCCCCGGGCUGACGAGCCCCGGCGGCAGGCUGCCCCGGCCCCGGGAGAUGCCCGACGGCGAGCAGGCCGCCGACGAGGAGGGCCACUGGAGCAGGGAGCUGCAGAAGGGGGAGCCGGUGGUCGUCAUGGCCGAGGGCAAGGAGGAGGCCUGCGCCGUCGGCCUGCUGGUGGAGGGGACCAAGGAGGUCAAGGAGAAGGGCAAGGGGCCCGUCAUCGAGGAGGCGCAUUACCUGGGCGAUGGGUUGUGGAAGCUGCCGAUUGAUUAA